GCCACUUAUUUUCAUUCUUUUGUUUGAAGUUGAGACUUUAGAACGCUGAAACCCUGAUUGUAAACGCGCGGACGACGCACAGUUGCGGCGAACACAUGAAGAAACCGAAGCAAACUCAGUUGAAUCCCAAUUGGCUUCAACUACAACAAAAGCUGAAUGACUCCAAGGCUUCAAGGACCUUCAAAAAUUCAGACAAAGUUACCCCGGAAUCAAUAUUGGGGAAACGUAAAGAGAGACCAGACGAGGAAUCCAAUGAUAGUCAGAUUAAUCCUCUUACUCCUGUAAAUGAUGAUUCAAGUCUGACAGAUGCAGUGGCCAUGGAUUGUGAAAUGGUUGGCGUUGGUCAAGGAAACAAAAGUGCUCUUGGAAGAGUAACUCUGGUCAAUAAGUGGGGAAAUGUUAUUUAUGACGAGUUUGUUCGGCCAAUGGAACGGGUUGUUGACUUCCGUACUAAAAUCAGUGGCAUAAGGCCUCGAGAUCUUAGAAAAGGUUUGAUAUUCUUUUGUUUAUGUUAGAAUGUUGUAGAUAUGUUAUAAUCCUAUA